UUCGUCCUAUCAAGCUAGGGCUACCCCAACUCUCGGUGUCAUGCUAUCCAGAACCUGCUUCUCCUUGUAUCACCUUCGAGCUCCCUAGCCAUAGCCGGGUUCGCAUUAUUAUCUUUCCAGAACCCUCUGAAGUUCAAGCCUCCUCUCGCCACUUACUGAGAACCCGUUGUCAUUUGUCGCCAACACUGGCGGGCUUGAAUACCUCCUAGUGUUCGCUAUGACGUACACGUUGCUGGGUCCCGCUCUAGUAGCAGUAGUUCUCUACCUCGUCUACCGCGCGGGAUACACAUAUUUCGAUCGAAAGUCGGUGCCAUGUUCGGAGAAGCAGGAUGCGUACGCGCACGACUCGCUCCCAUCGGCCAGCAGAUGGCCACUGGGCCUCGACCUGCUGGCGUCGACACUGAAGGCGUCCGAUGAACUGCGUCUGAUGGAGUUCUUCCUCGACAAUUUCCGUCGAUUCGGGAACACCUACCGACAGGUUAUCGGGUGGAACACGUCCAUCCUCACUAUCGAACCGGCCAACAUCGAGGCGAUGUUGCUCUCGAAUUUCAAGGAUUGGGGGUUGGGCCUGCGACGCACCAUAUUCUUUCCGCUCCUCGGCGACGGCAUCUUCCUCCAGGAGGGCGAUGCGUGGAAGCAGUCCCGCGACAUCUUAAGGCCGCACUUCUACCAUCGCCACUACGAGAACCUAGACAUAUACAGACCGCACGUGGAGAACUUGCUGGAUGCGAUCGCCGGCGAAGCGACACGCGUCCUUAACCUCGAACCGCUCUUCUUCCGCCUCACGCUCGACGUGACCACCGAGUUUCUCUUCGGCGAGUCCGUAUGGAGCCAGCGGCCGAGCUCGAGCGAGGUGGACCACGGCUUCGAGAGGGCCUUUGAUCUAGCCCAGGGCAUCUCGUCCAAGCGGCUCAAAUUCCAGAAGCUAUACUGGCUCGUCGACGGCAAGCGGCUGCGGAGGGCAUGCGACACGAUCCACCGAUUCGCCGACCACGUCAUUGACAGGACGCUGACGAGCAGCGACGACGAGGGGAACCGGUCGAAUACGCCGUUCCUGCGAACGGUAGCGCAGCACUACCCCGAGCGAGACGUUCUCAGGGGUCAGGCGAUUAAUAUCCUCACUGCGGGGCGGGAUUCUACCGCAACGUUUUUGUCAUGGGCCUUCUUCCAUCUAGUGAGACAUCCUGAGAUCAUGGAGAAGCUCCGAGAGGAGGUUUCCCAGGUCGACGAGACGGUCACCCCCUUAACGCGGGCAGGCCUCGUUCGGAUGACGUACCUACAGAAUGUAACCAGAGAGGUCUUACGCCUCCAUCCCCCGGUGCCCCUCAUAUCUCGCACUGCGCUGAGGGACACGGUGCUCCCCGUGGGUGGCGGACCAGACGGACAGUCGCACAUCCUGGUUCCCAAGGGGACGAGCGUGCUGUACAGCGCCUACUGCAUCCAGCGGCGUCCCGACAUCUACGGGAUGGACGCCGAGGUAUUCCGCCCCGAGAGGUGGGACGAGGAGCCUCUCCGGUCUCGGGAUGCGACACAUCGUGGAUGGAUCUUCUUGCCGUUCGGCGGCGGCUCUCGGACCUGUCUCGGGAUGGACUUCUCGCUCACCGAAGGCGCGUACACGAUCGUGCGCAUGCUCCAGCGCUUUCCCUCCAUCAAACUCCCGGCGGGCGAGCAGCUGCAAGCUACUGGCCAGGAGAAGCAGACGGUCACGAUAGCUCUGAAGCCUGCGGAUGGUUGCAGGGUAGAUAUAGGCAAGGAGGAUUGUGUCUAGGCAGAGCCUAGCCCUUUUGAUACACCCUGUAAAUAAGAUCAUGAGGCCUGAGCUGGGAGUAGAACCCAUGGAAACACCGCCAGCUUUCCUUCCGUCCUGUGUGAUCUGGAUCCCGGCGGGACACUGUUCGUUGAUUCAACUCAGUGCUUACUUGCUAGUAUGUU